AUGAACUUCUUCAUUUGCUUUGCCUUAAUCACUGCUAUUGCUGCUGUCUCUGCUGCCAGCACUACCACUGGCACCACCUCCACCAACACCAAUGUCAACACUGCAACCAAACAGGAUUCGUUGGACACCGAUACCCAAUCCAUUCAAUCCCUUUUGAACACUGACUACAGCCGUUUCCGUAAAUCUGCUGGCUAUGGUGCUGCCAGCAUUCCUGCUCCUCCCUGCCCCAAAAACUACUUGUUCAGCUGCCAGCCUAACUUAGCUCCUAUACCUUGUGCUGCCCCAGCUGCUUCUUAUGGCUCGGCCGGUGCCUACACAGCUCCUGUGCCCACUUAUGUUGCUCCAGUGGGCAACAAUUACGGUCUUCCUCAGACCUAUAGUGGAUUUUUGCCUCAAUCUAUGAAUCAAUGGUAUCAAUAUUAA